GGAGACGUCUGGAUGCGCACCAAAACGGAAUUAUUAUUAUCGUUGUUAUUAUUACUACUACUUAAAUUGUUAUUUAAAAAAAGAGGGCUCAGCCCCAGCGGCCUCCAUGGAGCGGCUCGGUCAGUAAGGUGCGACGUGACAUGGCCAGGACGGGAAUCGCGGGGCCGAGCUCCGGGAUUCCGUAGUGCGUCGCAUCUCUGAUUUGCAGGAGCGACCCCCAGAGAAGACGGCCCCCGCUUCCUUUGGCGAUGGCUGGAUCGACGCAACCCGCAGCCCAGACCUGGCGAGGGGCAGAGGCCCACUACCCGUCUCCCGCCAUGUCCUACCCCAUGGCGCUAAGCCAGCCUCACGUAGAUGUGGGUCUGUUGGAAUAUCAGCACCAUCCCAGAGAUUACCCUUCCCACCUGCCCCCAGGAUCUCUCUGGCACCCGCAACGCCGGAGACCCUCCUUGUUAUCUGAAUUCCAGCCGGGGAAUGAAAGGUCCCAGGAGACACACGCCCGGUCCGAGUCCCAUCCCUAUCUCUCUGACCUGGGUAAACAGUCGGAAAUUGAAUUCAUUGAGACCAAACGGCCUCGGAUGGACCUGUCACAGGAGCCGCUGCUGAGGCCCCCAACUCUGCUCAGCCAGGGAGGCGCAGAGAGUCUCUCCAGGGAUCGAGGCCUAACCGGUAAACUGGAGCCCGUUUCUCCCAUCACCUCUGCCCACCCUGACUCCGAACUGGAUCUUCUGCCAUCCCGGCUCUCGAAGGAGGAGCUGAUCCAGAACAUGGACCGUGUUGACCGAGAAAUCACCAUGGUGGAACAGCAGAUUUCCAAGCUGAGGAAAAAGCAGCAACAGCUGGAGGAAGAAGCCGCCAAGCCUCUGGAGCCCGAGAAGUCCAUCUCCCCCCCGCCGCUGGAAUCGAAGCACCGCAGCCUGGUCCAAAUCAUCUACGAUGAGAAUCGGAAAAAAGCAGAAGCUGCUCACAGGAUACUGGAAGGAUUGGGGCCCCAAGUGGAGUUGCCACUGUACAACCAGCCUUCGGACACAAGGCAAUACCAUGAAAACAUUAAAAUAAAUCAGGCAAUGCGGAAGAAGUUGAUUUUAUACUUCAAAAGGAGAAAUCAUGCUCGUAAGCAGUGGGAGCAGAAGUUUUGCCAGCGGUAUGACCAGCUGAUGGAAGCUUGGGAGAAGAAGGUGGAACGCAUUGAAAAUAACCCCCGGCGCCGAGCCAAGGAGAGCAGAGUGCGUGAAUAUUAUGAGAAGCAGUUCCCCGAGAUCAGAAAGCAGAGGGAACUUCAGGAGCGAAUUCAGAGCAGGGGAGGACAAAGGAGCAGCGGACUGUCCAUGUCGGCAGCACGCAGCGAACACGAGGUGUCAGAGGUUAUUGAUGGGCUCUCGGAACAAGAGAAUCUGGAGAAGCAGAUGCGCCAGCUUGCUGUCAUUCCGCCAAUGCUGUAUGAUGCAGAGCAGCAGCGCAUCAAGUUCAUCAACAUGAACGGCCUUAUGGACGACCCCAUGAAGGUGUACAAGGACCGGCAGGUGAUGAACACGUGGAGCGAGCAGGAGAAGGAGAUCUUCCGGGAGAAGUUCAUGCAACAUCCAAAGAAUUUUGGUCUUAUUGCAUCCUUUCUGGACAGGAAAACGGUGGCGGAUUGUGUUCUCUACUACUAUUUGACCAAGAAGAAUGAGAACUAUAAGAACUUGGUGAGAAGGAAUUACCGCAGGCGAGGAAAGAACCAGCAGCAGCAACAGAUGCCCCGAAAUAACCAAGAAGAAAAAGAGGAAAAAGAGAAGGAUGGGGAGAAGGAAGAGGAGAAACUAGAAUCUGAAAAUGACAAAGAGGAACUAGCAAAGGAGAAGAACGAGGAUACGUCAGGCGAGGACAACGACGAGAAGGAGGCCGCCGCGUCCAAAGGGCGCAAAACAGCCAACAGCCAGGGCUGGCGCAAAGGGCGCAUCACGCGGUCCAUGGCCAACGAGGCCAACCACGAGGAGGUGGCAGCGCCCCAGCUGAAUUCUGAGCUAGCUGCUUUGGAGAUGAACGAAAGUUCUCGCUGGACGGAGGAGGAGAUGGAAACGGCUAAGAAAGGUCUUCUUGAACAUGGACGCAACUGGUCAGCAAUUGCCCGGAUGGUGGGGUCCAAGAGCAUCUCACAGUGCAAAAACUUCUACUUCAACUACAAAAAAAGACAAAACUUGGAUGAGAUUCUGCAGCAGCACAAACUGAAAAUGGAGAAAGAGAGGAACGCUCGGAGAAAGAAGAAAAAGGCCCCUGUGAUCCAAAGUGAGGAAAGAGCUUUCCCCCCGGUGGCCGAGGACGAGGAGAUGGGGCAAGAUGGGUCGGGCACCAGUGGGAACGAGGAGGAAAUGGCUGAGGAGGUCGAGGCAGAAGUUGCCGUUAAUAACAGCUCAGACACGGAAAGCCUGCCUUCUCCGAGACUUGACGCCAAGAAGCCCCCGGAAAACGGGUCCAAACCAAAUCCGGACGCCGAAGAAGAAACGGCGGUCGACGCGGAGAAAGCCACCACGCCCCCAGAAGGGGACGCCAUAGACUCUGCCGGCCAGACCCCAGAGGGGACCGACCCUGGUCCAGCUUGCAAUGAAAAGCUGCAGGAGGAGUCCAAGGUUGAUGCGGUGAAAACCGAAGAUGCAGAAGAAGACUCUAAGGAUGCAGAGCCUGACCAGGCUGAGAUAAAAAUGGAGGAGGGGGCCGACAGGCAAGAAGGGAACAAGGCCGACAACCAGAAGAGUGACAGCGGUAAUGGCACGGGGUUGGAGGAGGCCCCCAAGUCGGAGAAGAAGGAGUGCCAGAAAGCCAGCAAAGCCGUGAGCGCGCACCCUGACAGUGAUUCGAGCGCGACAUGUAGUGCGGACGAGAUGGAUGAACAGGAUCCGGCCGACAAAGCCAAGUUGCCGGCUGCCCGCUUGAGUCUCCUCGGUGCCCCCAACGAUGCCCGGCUCAGCUCCUCACCUCAGAAGCCUCUGGACCUGAAGCAGCUGAAGCAGAGGGCAGCUGCCAUCCCUCCCAUUAUUUCGGAAGGCAUGCUGGAGGGGGCGUUGCAGAGCGGGGCCACCAAACCCCUGGUGCCCCCUCAUGCCCUGGCCCUCUACCAGCAGCAGAUUGCCAUGGCCCAUGAGGGUGCCCAGGAGGACGCUGCACAGAGCCAGCCCCUUGAGCUGCCCCACCCGCCGGAGAAGGAGUCCCAGCUCAGCAGCAGCCCCCGGGGGGCUCAGCACCGGAGCCCUGCCGAGGCCGACAAAGAUGAAAAACCGGUGCUUUUCACCCCGCUUCCAGAUGGACAGAAGCAGGGUGGGGAAUCUGCCAUUACAACCUGUUGGCCGCCAGUCCUUCCCUACCAAGGGUCAUCAAGGGAUGUGAUCCGAACGUCUCCACACAUCGAGUCUCACGCAUUUCAGUAUAACCCCUCCGGUCACCCCAUCUCCUUAAACGCUCAUGAAAAUUCUCGGACCGGCCCACCGAGACUGUCAGCCAUCUCCAAUCCUCCUCCUCUGAUCUCCAACAAGCACCCCUCUGUCCUUGAACGAACGCCUGGCUGUAUCUCCCAGGGGGUGCCUCUACAGCUCCAUGGUCCAUUCAGUUCAGAACACGCCAAAGUCUCCAUCGGUUCCAUCACUGUGCCUUUGACUAUGGAUCCCAAGAAGUUGGUGCCAUUUCCUGGAGUGAAACAGGAGCAGCUGUCUCCUAGAAGCCAGGCUGGUCAAUCUGAAAGCUUGGUGGCACAGGCUUCGCAGGAGAGCUCUGUUCUUCGAGGUACCUCCUUGUCAGGAGGAAGCAUCAUUAAAGGCAUUCCCAGCACAAGGCCACCCUCAGAAUCCACCAUCACAUAUCGGGGUUCCAUCACACAUGGCACGCCAGCUGAAGUGCUGUACAAAGGAACCAUUACCAAGCUCGUUGGAGAAGACAGCCCCAGCAGAGUGGAGAAAGCAAGAGAGGAGGCCUUGCCCAAGGGACACGUCAUUUAUGAGGGGAAGAAAGGACACAUCCUGACCUACGAUGGUGGUGUUGCUACCCAGGGCCCUAAAGAGAACAGUAGGAGCACAGGAGGGACACAGGAGAUGACCGGCACCAAGAGAACAUACGACAUGAUGGAAGGGAGGACUUCUAGGGUGUUACCUGGACGUGAACUUUCCUCUGCUAAUAUAGAAGGUCUAAUGGGCCGAGCCAUCCCUCCGGACAGACACAGUCCGCUCAACUUAAAGGAACCACAUCACAUCCGGGGCUCCAUCACGCAAGGAAUUCCUAGAUCCUACGUGGAAGUUCCAGAGGACUACCCCCGGAGGGAGGCCAAGCAGCUUAAGAGGGAGAACACCCCUCCAAGGGAGUUACCAGAAGCUUACAAGGUCAGGAGCUAUGAGAACCUCACCCCGUUGAAGCUGAAAGCGGUCCAUGAAGGGCUGGUCACCACCGUGAAAGAAGCCGGGAGAUCCAUCCAUGAAAUUCCCAAGGAGGAUCUGCGGCACACGCCUGAUAUUUCUCUGAUGGCUCGGCCUGUUAAGGAAGGCUCGAUUACCCAGGGUACCCCACUGAAAUAUGACACAAACACUUCCACAAAUACCAAAAAGCACGACGUCCGGUCUAUUAUUGGGAGUCCAGGCAGAAAUUUUCAUCCCAUGCUUCCAAUGGAGGCCAUGCAGGACCCAAGGACGCUGGAAAGAGCUUAUGAGGAAAAUUUGAAGAGCAGGCCCAGCCCAGUGGCAAACUCUGGUGGCUCCAUCACAAGGGGAGCCCCUGUGAUUAUUCCUGAGCCGGGGAAGCCUCGCCACAGCCCCCUUGCAUACGAGGACCACCAGACAGCCCAUGGAGCAGCUUUCGGCAGUCACUUACAUCGAGGGUCCCCCGUCUCCACAAGAGAGUCAGCCCCCAGGCAGCUUGAAGGGAGCAUCACGGCUGGAAAACCAGUGUCUCAAGAUAGGAAGGUCACGCCAACCUCCAGAGAACUCGCCAGCUCCAAAUCUCCUCAUACCCCACUUGCAGACCACCAUCAUCCAAUGUCGCCAUAUGAGCAACUGUUCCGGGGAGCCAGCGGCAUGGACCUAUAUAGAGGCCACAUUCCACUGACCUUUGACCCUGCUGCCAUUCCCCGGGGGAUUCCCUUGGAAGCAGCUGCCUACUACCUGCCAAGGCACCUUGCUCCUGGCCCUACAUACCCCCAUCUCUACCCACCCUACCUCAUCCGUGGUUAUCCGGACACUGCUGCCAUGGAGAACAGACAGACCAUCAUCAACGAUUACAUCACCUCCCAACAGAUGCACCACAACGCCGCCACUGCUACCACCAUGGCCCAGAGGGUAGACCUCCUGCGGGGCCUGUCUCCACGAGAGCCCUCCCUGGCCCUCAACUAUGCAGCAGCAGGGAUAAUUGACCUGUCUCAAGUGCCGCACCUGCCUGUGCUCGUACCCCCCACCCCUGGCACCUCCACAGCCUCCAUGGACCGGAUCACCUACAUCCACAGCACCGCCCAGCCUUUCAGCAGCCGACACAGUAGCUCGCCACUGUCUCCAGGUGCCCCCACGCACUUACCCAAGACGGGACCCUCGGUUUCCGAACGGGAGCAAGACCGCGAACGGGAGCGUGAAAAGGAACGCAAAAAACUGGUGGUGACCACUACAGCCCCGGUGGAGCAUGCGCCCAUCUGGAGGCCAGGCACCGAGCAGAGCAGCGGCCGUUUGUCUGCACACGCUCACAAGCACUCCCCCGUUUCCCCCCGCAGACAGGAGAACAUUCAGCAGCGCCCCAGUGUGCUGCAUAACACCAACAUGAAGAUGAUCCCCCCGGAAGGCCUCGCUUCCUCCGUUUUGCGAUCCUCUUCUUCCUCCUCUUCCUCUUCCUCGUCCACUGCCACCACGUCCCCGGCCUGCUCCUCCGGCUUCUGUCCGGCAUCGGCGUUGCGCAGCUCCGUAAGUGGCCUGGACAGCUACGCCUCGGUGGUGGAGUCGGCCCACAUGCAGAAGGAGGCCUCCUCCUCCUCCUCCUCCUCCUCCUCCUCCAGGACCCAGGAUGUCAAAGGCGAGCGGGCUCAGCCUGAGACCAACCACCUGUUUGCCUCAAAGCUGCCCGCAGGGCCAGGCCCAGAACAGACACCUUCACCGCUAAAAGCCAUGGAGCCCAAGUCUGUGCCCUCUUCUGGGUCAGGCGCAGCCCACCCGUUUAGCAGAGGACAGGGGAAGGUCCACCCUCCGCAUCAGGCGCCCCUGGACCCGUCGCUGCACGCCGUUUCGGCCACUGAGCAGCAGCCAAGUAGAGAAAAGAGUAAAUCCUUUUCAGUACAGGAACAGGAGCUGCGAGUACUCGGUAAGACCACCAUGACAGCGGCCAGCUUCAUAGAUGUCAUUAUCAUGCGCCAAAUUUCUUGCGAUAAGGGGAAGCGAGAGAGAAGCUCGUUAAAUAACGACGCCAAUGGCGAUGUGUUCCAUGGAAGCUACAGUCCUGAUGGCAUUGAGGCCAUAAGCCCCGUGAACUCCCCCUCUGUCCUCCAUGAGAAAGGGAUGAAGCUUAGUCAAGAAAAGGAGAAAGGUUCCCUCAAACCUUCUGGGGCAGAAGUCUCACACAUGAGGCAGCUCCACCAGCUCAGUGAAGGCCGUCAGUCCCCGAGCCAGCCGUUGCAGGGACCCCCGAAUGCCAAAGGCCACCAGCGCGUUGUCACCCUGGCUCAGCACAUCAAUGAAGUCAUCACUCAGGACUACACGCGCCAUCAUCCUCAGCAGCUCAACCCCCAUAUCCAGUCCCCCGUGUUCUCCUACUCGGGGGCUGCCGGUCCCGUGCUGGACCUCCGCCGAGCUCCUCCGGAAUCUUACCUCCAGCACCAACCAGUGGAGCAUGUUCCUGCUUCUAGAAUCUCUCCCGAAAGCGAAGCCAACCAAAGGUCGCCUGAGGAAAUUAAGAUUUCUGCUUCGGACAACUGCAUAGAGCCGAUCUCUCCGCCCGAGGGAAACGGGGAGCCCGAACGCAUCCGGAAUGCCUACCCCGUUCUGUAUCGUGAAGGGGAUCAGCUGGAGCUGAGACCCGGGUCCAGAUCCCCUGGAAACAGCGUCCAUCCGCCAGCUUUCUUCAGCAAACUGACGGAGAGCAAUUCCGCCAUGGUGAAGUCGAAGAAGCAAGAGAUCAUCAAGAAACUCAGCACGAGCAACAGGAACGAGGCAGAAUACAAUGUUGGACAACCCGGAACAGAGAUUUUUUACAUGCCAGCGAUGACAGGAGCAGGGUUAAUCAGUUGUAGGAGCCAGGCGGUCCAGGAAAACUCCAGUUCCAACAUGGGGCUGGAGGCAAUUAUCAGGAAGGCUCUCAUGGGUAAAUAUGACCAUCGGUGGGACAAGCCCGCUCCUCUCAGUGCCAAUGCUUUUAACCCUCUGAAUGCCAGCCCAAGCUUGCCCGCUGCGCUGCCUGUAACCUCUGCUGAUGGACAGAUUGACGACAUUCACCCUUCCAUGCCAGGUGGGGGGAAGCCGAAGGCCGCCGCCCGAGCUAGCAGUCGUAAGGCCAGAUCUCCAGCACCAGGCCUGUCCUCCACCGAGAGACCGCCAUCCGUUUCGUCCGUUCACUCAGAGGGGGACUGUAACAGGAGGACGCCUCUCACCAACCGGGUUUGGGAGGACAGGCCAUCAUCCGCAGGUUCAACGCCGUUUCCGUACAACCCCUUGACAGUGAGGCUUUCCACAGGAGUAGUGACCGGUCCACCACCACCCCCUGCCACCGUCCUUCAGGGCAACUCCCACAGGCAGAACCAUGGUUGGGAAGAGGAGGCCAAACCACUGCUUGUGUCACAGUAUGAGACCCUCUCGGACAGCGAAUAGAAGAGAGAAGGCCAUGACGGGGAAGACCAAUGGACAGAUGGAUGUGGCGGCUGUGGAAUGGGUCAGGGCUGGGGGAUUCUGGGAGCCCGUCUCUCGCAGAGCAGCACUGUUCCCGUCAGCUGUUUUCGUUUUUCGUUUAAUGUUUUUGUUACAUCUGGAAGGAGGAAAUAGGAAACAUCAACAAAAAAAGCUCCUUGGUUUAAAGCCUUAAAAACAAGAAGGAAAUGGAACCCACCCCCAUCUUCUCCCCCACUUGAGGGGAGGGCUGAUGGCCAGGAGGGAGGGCCUUUGAGAUGGCUGAAUCGCAGCUACCAAUACUCAGGGGGUUUCAUCUUCUGCAUCAAUUUUGUCCUUCAGCAGAGAAAGAGGGAGAAGGCAGCGGGUUGGCUUGGCCAACCCUGCUUGAGCUUCUCAGAUUGGCCCAAGCACCUUCUUGAGAUGGGCUGUUAAUCUAGUACUUGAAACACAGAUCGUUCGACCGCCCUUCCCGUAUCUCCUCGCUUUAGCUUUACGGGGUACCUCCUGGGUGGAGCUGGGUGCUGUUCAUCUAGGGAAGAUGAACCCGGGCGACCCACUGGAAGGUAGAUCUGGAUUUUGGUCAUUCAGAGCAGGUGGUCUCCUUGUCCUGUGUCCCUGUGGAAAUUUAAGGGUGGGGCUUUGGCCGGCUGAACUUGGAACGUGUUAGAAGCAGGUAGAUAGAACUUCAGGCGCAGAGAUUGACGACAAAGAGAGGAGCCAAACCAGAAGAGGCCAUUUGGCGGGGGGAAGGAGAAGCUGAGUUGGGAUAAUCAUGGGGAAUAAUUCCUCUGUAUGUUAGGGGGUUGACUCUAGAUGGAGAGCUGGGGAGGCAGCUGUUUGGAGCGUGCCGCUUUCUCAAAACGCUGCCGUUGGUAUCAUCUACAGGGUAUAUUUUUGUUACGUUGGGAAAAUUAUGCCAGGUGUUUCGGGGGGGUGUUUUUGUUUCUCAGUUUCGGAGGCAAAGAAGGACUCUAAAACAGUGUUAUAUGCUGCUUUUUUUUUUUUUUCGGUCUCUACUCUUGUACAAAGAGGAUUUCUAUGUUGCGUGCAAGACUUUUGAUCUGUUUGUCCAUUGUAUGGAAAUGUCAAGUUCCAGCAAAAUGGUUCUGUAAUUCAGUAGAAUGUUUUAACUUAGAUCUUUUAUUAAAGAAGAAAUGUGAAUAUAUA